AGUUUCCAGAACUAGCUUUCCCUUAAAGGUAUCCUCCCUUAGUCCUUAUAUAUUAUUCCUUUCAACACCUUUCUCUAUAUCCAACAUUCAAACCAUAAAAACGUAUCACCACGAAAAUCCACAAAUUAAAUACCCUUUUAAAUCUGAAGUCAAAGUUUUCCAUCUUUGUCUAAUUGGAUCUCUAUAUAAUUCCUCUCUAGCUUGGUGUGUUAAGAACUCCGAAAAUAAGAACAGAGAGGAAAAGAACAUGUUGCAGUUGUUCUUCACAAUGGCUUUCUCUGCAGUUCCAUUGAUCCUCUAUAUUCCACCAAUCAGAAACUUGAAUCUCUUUGUGGAAGCCAUGGAAGACAUAAGCAGAGAAUCAAGAUUAUACAGCAAUAGGAUAUACCCUCGCCUAAGGAGUGCUUGGUUUAGGGUCAUCAAUUGCUUCCUAUGCUACAACACAAGGUAGAUUAAUUAGUUUAUUUUUAAUGUAAUUAUUUUUUUUAUUUUUUGCUAGUGACCCCCUUUUUUGGGUCUAAUUUUCAUUGUCUUCUAGAUUGUAUUUUCUUCCCAUCUUAUUGCGGGACCAGGUUGUAAUAAUGCCUUCUUCCUUUUCUUUGAGAAUUGUGAUAUUUUAAGUGGUACCAUAUGUGGUGAUUCCACUCCAAUAAUGGUCACGCAAGUUAUUUUUGAAAAAAUGUGUUUUUAAAUAUGUAUUUUUCUAUUAU